GGGCAGAGCCGGGGGCUGAGGGGGCCGGGCCGGGGGUGGCGGGGGCCGGACCGAGAGCCGGGGCAGAGCCGGUUCCGAGCCGACCCCAUCGCCCGCCCUGAGGCGGCUCCGGGGCGAUAACAACGGCCGAGGCCUCGACGCCUCCGCCAGGGGGCGCCGCGAGCUCCCGCUCGUGUUCUGCCGCCUCCGCGGACUACAUAUCCCGGCGUGCACCGCGCGGGGGGACGGGAGCGCGCCGGAAGUGCCGAGCGGCGGGAGCCGAGGGCGCAGCCAUGGUGUCCGGCAAGCAGCUGGCUGACUUCGGCUACAAGGCCUUCUCCGGCUCCAUGAUGCUGCUGACGCUCUACGGCGGGUACCUGUGCGGGGUCCGCGCCCACCGCAUCCUGCAGCGCCGCCGGGAGCGGGACAGCGCGGCCGGCCCUGGCGCCUGACACACCCCGGCCCUGACAGACCCCCCCCCCCCCCC